AUGGAUGUCAUCAGCGUCCAGCAGUUGGUAAGUGGAGAAAGAGAAGGGAAGGUGUCACGGUAUGGACGUGCAGCUCCUGAUCCUGGAGGCUGGCCAGGCGAGUGGAGGCUGGGGCCCCAUGAGGCCGCGGCCCAGGAGAGGCAGAGGCUGGAAGAAGAGAAGAGGAGGAGAGCUGAGAGGUUUAAGAGCUCCAGACUUAAUCUGGACAGUCUGGCUGACUUGGAAAACUUGGUUCAAAGACGAAGAGAAAAGCGACUGAAACGCAGAGUCCCCCCUAGGGCACCUGAGCCCGUGGUUAAGCCACAGCCUGAGGCCCAGCUGGAGCACGUGGACCUGGAGACGUUCCUGAAGGCAGCUGCUGAGAACCGGGAGGCCCUGAUUGACAAGUACCUGACCGACGGAGGGGACCCCAAUGCCCACGACAAGCUGCAUCGCACAGCCUUGCACUGGGCCUGCCUGAAGGGUCACGGCCAGCUGGUGAACAAGCUGUUGGAGGCAGGGGCCACUGUGGACACUCGUGACCUGCUGGACAGGACACCUGUGUUCUGGGCCUGCCGUGGAGGACACCUGGACAUCCUCAAACAUCUGCUUAACCAUGGAGCACAGGUCAAUGCACGGGACAAGAUCUGGAGCACCCCCCUGCACGUGGCCGUGCGCACAGGGCAUUGUGAGUGCCUGGAGCACCUCAUUGCGUGUGGAGCCCACAUUGACGCACAGGACAAGGAGGGGGACACAGCUCUACAUGAGGCUGUGCGACAUGGCCACCACAGAGCUAUGAAGGUGCUGCUGCUCUACGGAGCCCAGCUGGGUGUGCAGAACCAGGCUUCAGCGACCCCAGUGCAGCUGGCCCGAGACUGGCAGCGAGCCAUCCGGGAGGCUCUGCAGGCCUACAUGGGGCACCCUCGUGGUCGGUGCUGAUGGCAGCAGACCUGCAGCACUUCUCAGCCACCAUUCCACCCUGUUCUCCUCCCACCCUCACCUGUGGUUCUGACCUCAGCCCUGAUGCCUCAGGCCUCCAGGGCAGGCAGCCCUGUCAGUCCUGAGCAGCAGCUCAGAGCUGGGCCGGCAGGUAGAUGAAGCAGCUCCCUGGCUUCAAGCCAGGUGAAGAGCUGCUCCCUGCUGGGCUUGAGCAAGGAUGGGCUGAAGCACAACCCAGGCGGGUCCAGACAAGGGACAGCAGAGGCUGGGCACUCGGGAUGGUGCAUAAGCUAAGCCGCCUCCUCCCCAGGGCUGGUGCUAGACUUCCCCGGUGCCCAGUGAGCCUCUGUCGAGGAGACUGUUUAUGCCCCUACCUUCCAAGGGGGGUUCCUGUUGGGUGGUAACUCAGUGCACAGCUGGCAGCUGCCUCCAGGCCAGAGAGGCAGGCAUUUCACAGCAGUGACUCUGUUCCUGUCAGCAGAAGCCCUGUCAGCGUCUGGAGUGGCUCUGCACAACUCUGGUCCUAGGGACUCUGGUUUGGGGUCUGGACGGGCUGCUCAGCAGGUCUGAGGCUCCACCGCAGAAGUCCAGUACCAACCGGAUUGCACAGAAGCCCUAAGACUGAGGCGCUGGAGCUACUUUAGAGAAGCCUCAUGCCACUGUCUGAAGGCUGCUGCUCUAGGUGGCCAGUUGGUAGCUCUCCUUGGAAAGGUGAAGUACCUGGGUGCUGGGGUUGCUUGUGGCCCACUCAGCUUUUGAGGCAGUGGCCCGCAACCCUGCUUUGCCUCAGGUGCUAAUGCCACCCUGGCACUGGAGCUUGAGCUCUUACCUGUAACCUGCAGUUGUUGCCUUCUGCCUCCUCUGAGGACGCCACGGGGCUCUGAGCACUGCCCAUGAAGGGAAACAGAGGAGCACACCUGCUCCUGCCCCCAUUGCUAACUGGUGGCACAUUUAGGACCCAACUUCACACAUGCCCUCCAAAUGGGUCCUCCUCUUCCAGUGUCCUUUACACUCCAAGCUGUGCUGGUGUAGACGUGUUCCUGGCAGGGCUGGGUCCUUGAAUGCCAGGAAAUGAACCUUGAUGCACUCAGCCCUAAGCUGAGAGCUGCAGGCUGAGGGACGGGCUCCGAGAUUAAGGCUAGCCUCCUUCACACACGUACGGCACCUGGCAGACACUGUUCCCCAGCAGUUCUUUCUUUCAUUGGUGGCCUUCUCAGGCCAAGACCAAGGCUAUUCUUACUAUGUGAAAAAGCUUACUAGAGCCCCACUCCUUCCCUUCCCAUGGGCAGCCCCUGCCCUGUGGGGACAGAGCCAGCAUUCACCCAGAUGCUGGGGCCAUGGGAGAAAUGGGUGCUCUAGUCCACGGAGAAGACGACUCCCCAUCCAGAAAAUGGGGACACUUAAGUGACAAAAAUACCUUUUUUUAUAUGCAUCAAUAUUUUGUGUUCAUUAAAACUGGUUGGUUAUCCAUCACAGUCUAGUUCUGUGUUCUGGGCUAGAAGCGGCCAGGCCAUUAGGCCCAGGGCCUUGUCGUCCUCAGCAGCCAAGCGCAAGCCUGUUAACCAUCCCACCAGACAGCAAGAUAGGCUCCUUGAGCAGAGUGGGCAGUCUGGGCACUUGGCCCUCAAGGCAUCUCUGCUCAUGGGCGAACAAGCUCAAAAAGCAGUGGUUCUCAGCCUUGGCUGCGAAAAAUUUUAAAAGUCCUAAUGUCCGCCUGGCCGGGCGUGGCUCAGCA